CGCCCUUUUCCUUUGUCGGCCGCCUCUUGCCCGGCGCUCCUCGCGUUCUUGCGGCAGGAAGAGGAGACUGGGGAGAGCGUGAGACCCCUCCGUCGCUUGUGGCGGCGACAUGGAGAGGAGCGAGAGCGUCCUAGACGCCGUCCUCGACGACGAAAACUUUGACGGCGAUGACGUUGAGAUGGCCGACGCAGAUGCGGAGGACACCUGUGUGCCUGACGUCCCCACCGCCGGAGUGCGAGGUGAGGACGGCAGUGGGGAGAAGGGAGCCCCGGCGGGCAAGAAGAAGAAGAAGAAGAGGAAGUCCGGGAAGAGGAAGAAUAGGGGGAGGCCUGAUGGGCCGCCCACCAAGAUUGCCGACAUUAAUAGGUUUGUCCUUGACACUUGCAGGCGCUUGAAGGAGAAGAAGUCAUACCUUGUUUGGAAUGCUGUUGGCUGCCUGGGUGUUUCUGCUGUCAGUGAUCUUGUCAGAGAGGUUGAGGCCAUUCAGAAGUGUGGUGGGCAGACGAUUGCUGAUGGAAGUCGUUUCCGGACAGGUGGUGGAGUCCUCUGGAACAUCUUGAAGUCACGAGAGCCAAAGGCGUACAAGGAAAUUAUGUUGAAGGGAAGGGAACUUGAGAAGCAGUUUAUGUAUACCAAAGGCAGAUCACAGAUGAGCAGAAAUGAAGACGCAAGCUCACAGGGCAGUGCGUUAGUUGAUGAGGAAAUCGAAGCACAUGAUGAUCCUGAGCACUUGGUCGAUGUGGAGGAAGCACCUCCUGAUAACAAAGCUGAACCUCGUAAACCAGUAGCAGACAGAAUUCGUGUGCCUGUUGCUUAUGAUGAUCUUUUCGAGGAGGGAGAGAUACAUGAAGAACAAUAAAAUUAGUAUUUGGAAUUGGAAGGAUUUGCCCUGUUAUGAUCUGCGAGCCUUAAUUCUGCAAAGAAAGCAAGAUGCAGAAUGUAAUCAAGAUUGCGGGAAUGUAUGUAUGAACCUUGCCGUGGAGCAUCUUUUUUAUUUUUCUUCCAGGGAUUCCAAAAUUUUCCCACUUGUGAGUGUGAAAAAGCAGUAAGGCAUGCAAUUAUGCAACGGUUAGAUCUCUUGUUACGAGGAGUGGAAGUCGUAGGAACAACAUUGAUACUAAAGUCAAUACUGAAUGGAAACUAUGAUUUUGCAGUCGACUAAA